AUGCAUACAAGGGACAGCAAUGAGCAGCUACAAAGAGAAAAAGAGCAGGAAGUGGUUAUGUUAAAGGAACAAAAUCAGAGGCUACAGGUUCAGUUAAACAACACACAGAUUUCUCUGCAUGAAUUAAAAGAAAGAUCAUCACAGCGUAUUCAAGAACUUGAGUCUCAUGUUUCUUUGCUAGAAAGAAAGAAUGAAAGCACAUCCAAGGAACAUCUUAUGGAAAUUCAGGCUAAAGUGAUGGAGUUAGAGUAUGUUUUGAAUGAAACAAAAGAGAAGCUGAGUGUUGUUGAGCACCAAAAGUCUCAACUUGAAUCUCAUUUGGCAGAUACUCAGGAGAAGUUAAAUCAAAAACAGAACCUAGUUAGUGCUCUGGAAGAGCAGAAGAAUCAGCUGUCUAGUGCAGUGGAUGAAGUCAGCUUGGUAGCACAGAAGAGAAAGAAUCUUGUAGAUGAAAUGUCUAUACGAAUCCAACAAAAAAGUGAUGAUUAUAAACAUCAGUUGUCAAAUCUCACAAAUGAAUUUAGUAACAGAGAAGAGGAAUUGAAAAAACAAAUAGAAGCUUUCCAGGAAGAAGUAAAGAAGCUGGCCCCAUUACAGAGCCAGUUAGAUGAUGCCCUAGUUAAAGUGAAGUCACUAGAAACAAUGAAAGAAUUGUUAGAAUGUCGCCAGAAGGAAGCAGAAGACAACAUUAAAUCAACUCAGACAUAUUAUGAAAAUGUGAUGGAACAUUUGAAAACUGAACAUGACAAAGAACUUAGUCAGCUGAAAUGUUUUUAUGAAAAUCAUGAGAAGGAAUUAAAAGAAGAACUGGAGUCUGUACAAGCUGAAGGACAGAAAAAGGAUGAAGAUUUGAACAGACUAGAACAGCAACUGCAUGAUGCUGGAGAAGAGAAACAGUUGGUGGAAAAAAAAGGGAUUGCAGUAAUGAAGGAUUUGCGAAGGCAACUAGCGGCUGAGCGUAAACGGUCAGAGAAGUUACAGGAACGCUUGCGAGACCUUCUGAAUGAGGGAACACAUAUCAAGACAGAUGUAAACAAGAGUCUUGAUCCUGAAACCAGUUCUGUUUCUUCAUGGAGCCUGAUGAGCGGUAAUUGUGAACCACAAGAAUCAAUUACUCAUGAAAAUAGUAUAGUUGCAGGGUCUAUCAGCAACUUCAAUGGCAAUAUAUCUCCACCACCCAAAGACCAGGAUCUGGAACAAGAGACUUACAGAUUGCUUUCAAAGAUCACUGCUCUGCAACAGGAGAAGUGGGUUUUGGAAGAAAAAAUUAAUCAUCUGGAACAAGGCAGUGCUGCUAUGGCUGAGGAUCUGAUGCGCAAGACAGCUCUUAUUGAGUACUAUUGUAUUGAAGGAAAAUCAGGUCCAGUAGCCACAUCAACAUCAUCAUCAUCAUCUUCAUCCCCUUCUAAUGAAAGGCUGUCAAUGAAGAAGUUCGUUGAAAAGUUGAAGGGAGAUGAACACAUACACGAAUCAAACCGAAGGAUGCAGCGAAUGCUAGAAGAGAUGCUGACCAAGAAUAUGCACUUACAGACUAAUCUGGAACAGCUCUCACUGGAAGUGGUUAGACUUAGCAAGGGAACUGACAGUAAUGUGUGUACAUGAGGGUAUUGCAGUAGAUACAAGUGUAUCUUGUUUCUUGUCAUUGUUGACUGUCAUAUUUCUGACAGAAUGAUUAUUGUUAUGGUGGGGACUAUACUAUGUCAAGGUGUGCAGCUUCAUUUAGUGAUAACAUGCUAGCUUACAGUUACAAUACAUGCUAUACUGGUAAUCAUGCAGUAUAAGCCUGUUAUUGCUUUUUCAGUGGGUACCAUGAAACUAUUGCUAAAUGUGUUUUAGAUCUGUGCAUAUUUGGAGAUCACAUUUUUAGUGUGUCAGUCAGGAAUUUAGGAUUUGAAAUUUACUAAAUCAUGUAUGAAAGUCAUGCCCUCCUGCUUUCCUUGGAAGAAAUUUGUUACUCUCUGAUCUUUAUACUAUUUACAUCGUCUCAUUAGAGUGUGAAUUUGUAUAACUGAUACAUUAUGAUACGAGGGCUAUUUGGGAAGUAACCUCCAUUUAGUUUAGGCAACUAAUGUAGGAGCUGGGGAUAGCUCGCACGUGCAAGGUAGUGGAACAUGACUCAUUGCCUUGAAGCCAUCACAUAACUGUUCAUGUAGUGUUUGUUCUUGUCUGUCUCUACAGAGUGAGUUAUGAUGUGUACUUGCCUGUCUCUACAGAGUAAGUUAUGAUGUGUCCUGCAAUUGCUAAUCCUGCCAGAUUAAUGUGAAGUUUUCACUGUUAUCUAAUUUCUUCACGCCAAAAACAUGAACACUGCAGAAAUCUGUUGGGAAUUAUGUGCAGCAGUUUAUGUCCAAAAUGUAAUGAAUGGAGCAACUGUAAGACAAUGGUGUAGAAUGUUCAAAGCUGGGAGAACACAUAUUCACAAUGAAGAGCCUAGUGGUCAGACGGCCAGCUGUAGUGAGUGAUAUUCUUGUUUUCGUUCAAAGUGUUGACCAAAGAAAUCUGUGAUCAAUGAUGUUAGACAAUUUCAGAACUUUCAUGUGAAUUUCCACAAAUUUCAUGCACUGUUCUGUACAAGAUUAUCACAGUUAGGCUAGGCUGUCACAAGUUUUAUGCGAGAUGGGUUCUGAAAAUGCUCAUGGGUGUGCACAAAAUGCAGAGAACAGCUUGAACGUCAACUUUUUUAGAAUGAUAUCACAAAGAUGGUAAUGAAUUUCUCAGGCACAUUGUGUGACUAACAGGUGAUAAAACUUGGGUUUCAUCUGUGAAUAUUGAAACCAAAGAGCAGUCAAAGCAAUGGAUGUGCACACAUUCACCAAAGAAGCUGAAGAGGUUAAAGAAAUGAAUGCCUGCCGGAAAGCUGGUGGCAACUGCUUUCUUGGACAGGAAAGGAGUGCUAAUGGUGGAAUUCAUACAGUAAGAGACCACAGUGUCAGAAAUGUAUUUCAGAAGAAUAAAAGAACUGUGUACAGCUGGCUAUUCAUAACAAAAGGCUUGGAAUGCUGACAUCCAGUAUAUGCUCCUCCAUGACAGUGCAUGUCUGCAUGCAGCUGCUUGCACUUGAGCACUGCUGGAGCAUUUCACCCUUACAGCCCUGAUCUUACUCUGAGUGACUACCACUUGUUUACCUAUCUGAAGAAGUUGUUGGGAUCACAGCACUUCAGCAAUGAUAAGGCAUUGAUGAAAGGUGUCAAAAUAUGGCUGAGCUAACAGGCGAAGACUUCUUUGACACAGGAAUACAAAAACUUAUUCCCUGAUAGAACUAGUGCCCCAAUUCUGGCAGUGACUAUGUUGGGAAACAGGAUAAGUAUGUAAUUAUUUUUUUGUAUAUAAUAAAUUUUUUUCCUCAUAUUUUGCUUUAACAGAUCACUGGAGGCUUCUUUCCAAAAGCCCUCCUACUUUGUGUUCAUAUGAUUUUUAUUUAUGUGAAACCAAAGUAGAGGCAGUAAUGACCGACGAUGUCAUUUGUGUAGGCCUUUGUGCCCUUGAAGAAGAAUAAAAUUGUGGCAUUGAUAUCAACUUAAUUUGCUGAGCUUCCAGAUUGUAAUUUUUAUGUUCUAAAAUAGCUGAUCUCAGUAGACAUGCAGUCUAAAGCAUGAAAUGCUGUAGCUUGCUUGAACACUGGGAUUGUAGGUUUGGAUCACACUUGAGACAUGGAUGUAUGUCUGCAGUAUUUCUGUAUUUGUUUUUUCUUGUGUAGGUAGUGGUCUUGCGAUAAACUGAUCCCCUAUGUAAGGAGUCCUACUAAGUGUCUAAGAUUCACAAUUUUCAGAUAAAUUCUGGAAUAGUUAACAAGCCACAGGGCCUAAUCUGUUGUGGGGGCAGGUGGAGGAAGAGGUCAAUAUAAAUAUAAUAGGUGCCCUGAUUCUGUGUAAUUGUUAACUUCCAGUAACAUGCAUCAGUUGUUUGUUCUUGCUUGGAAAUAUCUUCAUUUGAUAGAUUUUUUCAAUUUCUAUUGUCGCGUAUCGGGCGUAUAUCGCGACAAAUAACUUCACGCCGUAUUUUAUAU